AUGAGUGUACCUGCAGCAACGGCACAGAACUCAGACGGCAACAACAGUGAAAUGCAAUCGGCUGCAGUAUCUCCCUCCUUCCUCCCCAGCCAGUCGGGGAAGAUACCGGGCAGGAAGAGAGGGAGACCCCCACUCCGCAAUGUCGCCAAGAUGGAUUUUCCAAAUCGUUACCCCGAGUCGCUCCCUCCCCUCAAAGUGCCAAAGAAGAGGGGGAGAAAGCCGGGCUUCAAGCUCAAACCCAGGAUGGUGAUGACACCGUUGGCGAUCUCUCCGCCCAGCAGCACCCCUGAGCCCGAUAUGAGCUCCAUUCCUCAGGAUGCCGCCACCAUCCCCCACUCUGCCACGCCCCAGGUGCUUACAGUCUGUAUCUACAUCAACAAGCAGGCCAACACGGGCCCCAACCUGGACAGGAAGAAGAUCCAGCAGCUCCCUGAUCACUUCGGACCCGACAGGCCGUCGGUGGUGCUGCAGCAGGCCGUCCAAGGCUGCAUCGACAGCGCCUUCCAGCAGAAAACGGUGUUCACUCUCCUCACGCAAGGCUACGGGGGAGAAAAAAUAUCAGCCACAUUCGAUGGGAAGCAGCACCUUCUCAGCCUCCCCGUGGUGAACAGCAUCGACUAUGUGCUCCGCUUUCUGAAGAAGCUCUGCCGCAGCUUGCACUGUGAAAACCUCUUCAGCGAUCAGCCCAUUACCCAACACAGCGGUGGCUCCUACCAUUCAGAUGCUGAAACGUCUAUGGCCGAGGACUACCAUUUAGACCAGUCCGACGGCAAGCGCUACUCCAUGGACCCAGGCGAUUCUGCUUUCGGCUCCAUAAGCUCGUCCUACUCGCCAAAGUCCUACGGGUUUCGUUCGUCACAGCAGUUCACGAACGGCUCGGCCUCCAUGAACAUGUGCAGACAGUCGUCCACCAGCCCGAGCACAUUCCCAGAGAGCAACAGGACGGGAGGUUACAGUGCAGCUUCAGAGUCCCAGGACUCCAAACCUCCACCCAAUAAGGACCCAACCACCUGGUCUGUGGACGAUGUUGUCUGGUUCAUCAGGGAUGCGGACCCCCAGGCUCUCGGCCCCCAUUCAGACGUCUUUAGGAAACAUGAGAUCGACGGAAACGCUUUGUUACUCCUGAAGAGCGACAUGAUCAUGAAGUACCUCGGACUGAAGCUGGGGCCGGCCUUGAAGCUUUGCUACCACAUCGACAAACUAAAGCAGACUAAGUUCUGA